CUUCAUCUGAAAUACAAACAUUUUCUUCAUACUUUUUCUCGUAAGCUUUUGCAAGAAGGUUUGACAUUAAACCUCUACGAAGUCAUCAGAGCUGGUUAGACACUUUCAAUGACAAAAGAGAACAAACCAUAAAGAGCAUCUGUGAAAUACAGCCACAGAGAGAAAGCCAGAAAGAAAUGCAGAGAAACUAUACAGGUGAAGAGACAUGAUCCUGUAAGGUGAACAUGCAUCUAAGGAAGUACAAGAAAAGAGAAACAGAGAUGGUGAGUGAUGUCAUAGAGAAACCUGCAGAAAAACUUCACUUUUGCUCUUUCCCACACACAUGAUACACAAUGCGUACAGCUCUCUGUCCGAACAACAGCUCACAACACCUGAUUAAAGACGUUUAAUCAUGGGCAGUGGUGUUUUACAGAUUAUCUGUGAGUUGGUUACUUGUAUAAUACUGCUCAAAUCUCUUCAUGUCAGUGGAAACACAAAUGGGUCUGAGCUCUUGUGCCUCACAUCUAUCAAAGUACCACGAAACACACAUAUACGAGCUCCUGUUAUGACAGACUUAAAGAUAAACUGUACUGUUAUUAUACACAAAUGUCAGGGGAACCCAAAGAUCUCAUGGUGCAAAAUCUAUGGAAAUGACUGUAAAGCCUUAAAUCAAUCAAACUACACAGAAACUAUGUGGAAGAAUAAUACACAGCAGGAAGGAAUGUUAUUCCUGACGUUUCUGAACAUCUCAAUGGAUGAUGCAGGUUUAUACAGAUGUAAAAACCAGAACUCUGUAAGUCAUCACAUAAAUGUCACGGUGACGGCACAUAAGGAGAUUUCAGGUUCUGGGAAUCAAAGCAAAACAAGUAAUGAGACAAAUCUAAAGAAGGAUCUGCAGUGGCUUUGGCCAUAUGUGUCUAUCUGCGGAGGACUAGUAGGGCUGGUUGUCAUAGUAAUCACUGUAUCUUUCAUUAUCAUCAGAUGUCAUGGGAGGAAGUCAGCGAGAAAAGAAACAACAACUACAAUUCAGUACAUGAAAACACAAAGAAGUGAUCCGACUACUCCGUCUCGUCCUCAUCACAACAGCCACCCUCCCUCAGGCCGACUGACCUCGGCUUAUGACACUCCACCUGUCAGAGCAGGAUUUCAUAGAGACCGUACAUCAGAUGAAAGAGUCUCAGCCAAUAUGAAAAAAUCAAAAGGUUGCCAGAACAAUGUGAGAUCCACAGAACAGGAAGAGGAGAAUCCGCUUGUGUAUGCUUCUUUAAAUCACCAGGCUAUAUCAAGAGGGCCAAGAACAACAGUGCAGCAAGAAACAGAGCCUUCAGAAUAUGCUGCAAUCCGAUUUCGGUAAUUCCAUGAAACAUUUACUUAGACACUUUAAAAGGAAGUUCUCAGAAUCAUGCCUGUUUAAGGAAAUCACUAAAACUGACACUCUAUCAAGGAAAAGGACUCCUUUGGACAUCUCUGUGGCAGUUGCCAUUCUCUCAUUGGUCUUUAGGAUUACAAACGAAAUUGAAAAUAUAAAAAAGUCAUCAUCAUGGGGAAAAUUUUCAUGUUGUUGACAAUGAUUUUAGUAAACCACCAGAAAAUGAAACCAUUUUCUUUUACAUUUUAACACUUUUACAUUGAUUCAAAGCAGUGUGUUAUAUGAAAUGAUUUUUCAUUUUUAUUUAUCAUUAAUUGAUUGAUUCAAAUACUCAAGAUUCUUAUGAUUAAGAAUUGAAUUAAGCUUUGAAAUCAUCAUAUUUUAGAUUUAUCAGUGAUAUGUAUUAAGGGUUAAAAAUACUUCUCAGAUUUUGAGUAGCACAUUUAAUGAAUCAGAUAUGUAAUGGUAUUCUGUCCACCACUCUUAUGGGUACACAGUAUAAUGUAAACAGUAUCUUGGUCAUAUUUUUUAUGUCUAGAUGGUAAAAACUGAGAAGCCCACAAGAGCACAACGUGUUUCCUGUAUAAAGAGGUGGGUGGGGGGUUGGGGGGACUACAAUUUACCAGACAUGAUGGUGGGAUUACAUACCACCCACACUGAAGCAUAACACAUUCGGCCUCCAACUGUUAAUGUAUUACAGGUUGAUGAAUCACAUACUCCUUUCUAUUCAUCACUGUACAGUUUGCACGUGUGUUGUGUGAGUCAGUUUAUCCAAUAUUUUUCAUUUUCGCACCACACCUGAAUGUUUAAACUGCAUACGUGUAAAUCAGUUUUCUAAUGUUAAAGUCCCUGUGAACUGGAAGGUGCGAUCAUGUCUACUUCCGUAUUCUGACGCAUUUCCAAGUGAAACGGAAUUUCGAAAGAGAAAAAUAUUGUGGUUUUUCACUGGGAUUUGAUUGGAUGUAUUAAAACAAGUCUGUUUGAAGGGAAGGAGUUAACAGAUACCUCGCCCAAACCGUCUAAUUUACAUAAUUUAAAAUGGAUUGUCACUAACUGGACGGAAUGCAUUUUCAGAUUAUAAUUGAAGAUUACGAGGGCACAUGAAAAAAAAAUAAAGAGAGAUAAUUUGAUAAACUAAUUGUAAUAAAUGCUGCAAUAUUUGAAUAAAAAACAAGAAAUGUUA